AUCAUUACUCGAUCACUUAUAGACUUGCCGCAUACGAUACCGUACCUUUACUUUCACCACAGUUCCAUUUGACUCUUUACUUGCAGUAAGUACGAAAUUCCCCCGAGCUGACCACAUCCCUACCAGCAGCUAGAUACAAAGUAGAAGAAUCUGGACGACCCCCUUUAAACGAUCCAUCAUGUCCCAUUUGUAUCGCUCCGCCAUCCACGCCAAAGUAGCCAAGCUCCCAGCAAUGCCGCCACCACAGAUCGGCUCGGUGGAGGAGGAGGAUGAAGAAAAUGAAGCUGCAGAUGGCCUCGGUAGUCUGCCUUCUUCGUUGGGUUCUGGUUCUCGUUCAGGCUCGUGAGUGUCACUAGCAUUGCAAUAUUUUGAGUCUAGUUUCUGUCAAGACCAUCUCUUUCCUUUCCCUUACCUAACUAACUAACCUACCCUUUUUCUCUCUUUCACCACAGGACAUCCGUAAGACGUCAACACCAUCAACACCCUCCCAACCCCGCAUACUCCCCAGUCUCCGCAUCCUCCUACUUCGAACACGCCAUCCAAGUCUCAGUCCCACCCUCCAACCUCGACGUCCGUGUCUACUACACUGCUCCAAAGACUGGAGAUGGGGCUGUUAUGGUGUGUCAUCAUGGCGCGGGGUAUUCGGGUUUGAGCUUUGCUUGUCUUGCGAGAGAGGUUGGGUUGUUGAGUAGAGGUGAAUGUGGGGUUUUGGCGAUUGAUUGUCGUGGGCAUGGCAAGACGACGAGGAUUUCAGAUGAUGAUGAUAAUGGUGCUGAGAUUGAGACGGAAGAUCUGGCUAUUGGGAUUUUGACGGAUGAUCUUGUGAACUUGAUAUCCACUGUAUACCCGGACCCUAACUCUGCUCCAAGUUUACUGCUUGUUGGACAUAGCUUAGGAGGUUCUGUAUCCGUCCGAGCGUGUCCACUUCUGCAAGAACGCAAAUACAGAAUUACAGGUGUCGGCGUCCUAGACGUCGUCGAAGAAUUCACUUUGGAGGCGCUUCCGAUGAUGCAUAGCCUAUUGGACGCUCGCCCAGACGGGUUCAAUAGUCCAGAAGAAGCCGUUGAAUGGCAUGUUAUGACACAUGCGAUCCGCAACGUCGAAUCAGCAAGAGUCUCCAUCCCCGGUAUCAUUAUCCCCAAUCCGGACCCUUCAUCCGGGCCAGCGUAUCUAUGGCGUACCCCCCUAAGGCUUACAGCACCUUAUUGGUCGAGCUGGUUCACUGGGUUAUCCAGCAAAUUCCUGUUGACCCGUACAGCGCGGCUAUUGGUACUCGCGGGCGCGGAAAGACUUGACAAAGAACUCAUGAUUGGACAAAUGCAGGGCAAGUUCCAGUUGGUGGUCUUGGCGAAUGUCGGACAUAUGGUUCACGAAGAUGACCCUGGCCGACUUGCAGAAGUACUGGUCGAGUUCUGGAGACGGAAUGAACGUGUUGUCAUUGGUGUCAAGAAAGUUGGAGAGCUCUGAGUGGGCGAGCUACCGUGUAGCAUUUGGAAUCAAUUUUUGCAUCAGUAGGGCUCAACAACAUAUACCUGUUACUCUUUCACAAACGAAGCCUGUACUUAUAAUAUGAAUGCGAUUAUCCAAAGCACAAUGGAAUAAGCUAAAAAUACAGAUGCCAUAAUGAUACAC